GUGUGUGUGACUUGUUUUAUUCCAAACUAUAAGUAUAUCACAUAAGAUGCUAACAAUUUGGAACUGAUUUAUCUAAGUAGACCGAAAAAAAUAUGUAUUUAUUAAGGUUUUAGAGUUGUAGACAAUAAGGAAAAUAUUUACCUAAUAAAUAAAUACCAAAGGUUAUUUAAAAUAAUAGUCUGUGUUAAAUUCAAAAUCUCGAACUAUUUUAUAAUUAUGCAAAUAGUUUGUUCCAAAUUAAAAGACAGGUUAAAAGAUUUCCGUAACAUAACGGUGACCUUAUUUGAUAGGAAUAUCAUCAGGAAAUAAAAAACCUGUCUUUAUAUCAGCAUAGGUGGGGGUUGGAGAUGUAGAAAAUUCGCACUCGCAUAACAAUCUAAGUGACGUCUCACGAAUUUCGCGCGAACAUUAAUAAUAAAGAAAACGUGUAGUCUUUAUUUAUUUUUAUUGAAAUAGUCAUAAAGAUAAUUUUUAUUGCCUGUUUAAUGAAUCCAGUGUUCAGUGUGUAAUGUAAGAAUGACGGACAUCGACAAGAGCCUCAUCUCACCGUUUAUAAAACAAUGUUUCGUGUGCGCGACGGUUUGUAUGAAUGUGCUUAGUAAUGGUUGCGCUUAUGGCUUCCCUGCGGUGCUGCUGCCGCAACUCAAGCUUCCAGACUCUCCCAUUCCACUCACCAAGGCCCAGGAGUCAUGGAUAGCGUCAGUGGUAACAAUAGCCAUGUUGGUGGGCAAUUUCAGCAUGCCGGCGGUGAUGGACCGAUUGGGACGUAAAAAAGCACACUUUAUAGUCAUGAUACCCACCGCUAUUGGGUGGUUACUCAUCGUAUUUGCAACCAAUGUAGAGAGUUUAAUUCUAGCCCGUAUCAUGCACGGUCUAUCCCUCGGCCAGGUCGUUUUAAUUCGCGCCGUUAUCAUCGGAGAAUACACAAGCCCCAGAAACCGAGGCGCUUUCCUCACUUUGAUAUCCGUCGCCCAAUCGUCUGGAGUGUUCUUCGUCCACCUGCUGGGCUCCCUGGUCAGUUGGCAGAUCACCGCCGGCAUCAGCGUCCUCUUCACGAUACUUAGCUUUGUGAUGACCUUCAUCCUUCCAGAAUCGCCCAGCUGGCUCGCAAACAACGGGAGAUAUAACGAAUGCGAGAAGCAUUUCCGGUGGCUCAGAGGCGAUGGCGAAGACGAGGAAUUGAACGAAUUGAUCCAGGCAAGAAUAAAACACAACACCGAAAGAGCCGUGAAUAUUGGUGAGCUCAUUCGAAGUAUGGAGUUUUACAAGCCAAUAAUUAUCAGUCUGCACGUGUCGCUGAUAACAUAUUUCAGUGGAGCCAUGACCAUCGCGGUUUAUGGAACGACCAUCGUCUCAAAUAUUAUGGGAUCGGAUGUCGAUGCACACUUCUGGCUGGUGUGCUUGGACGUGACCCGAAUCGUCACCAGUUUCCUCGCAGUGUACCUCAUCAGAACGUUCAAAAGGCGGACCGUGUUGUUCAAUUCCGUCGGCUUGUGUCUCUUGAUACACGUCUUGAUUAUCUCCUACGUGUGCGUCAGAAAUUACGUAUCGUUCGACUACGUAGCGAUUCCGGCUUUGUUAUUAAUUCUGCAAUGCGUGGCUCUGUCCUCGGGGAUAUUGCCGAUGAAUAACGUGAUAGUCGGCGAAAUAUUUCCUUUAGCGCAUCGCAGUAUCGGAAUAAGCGUCACCACGGCAAUGGCGACCGGGUUCCAUUUUGCCGUUCUGAAGACGUUCCCCUACCUCCUGUCGGGGGUGGGGAUCGAGGGCGUGUACGGGAUCUACGCGAGUGUCAUUUGCUACGGGUUUUCUGUGAUAUGGUUCGCGAUGCCCGAGACCAAGGGACGGACUUUACAACAAAUUGAGGAUCGGUUCAAAGGAAUCGAAAGAGUGGUCCCUGAGAUGGAGAGUUUGAAUAACAACCUAAAGUGCUAAUUCUCGAAAUUCAUUGUAAUAAAAUACUCACAUAAGACAUUUAGCAUAACCUGUGAUAAAAUUGUGAAAAGUGCAAUUUCAACAUAUCUGGACAUAUAUAAAGUUAAAUUUCAAAUUGAGGGUAGAUUAAGUAAGGUAGUUUAUAAAGUACAAAUUAUUUAUUAUUUAAAAGUACAAACUCAACGAGAGCAUUUACAUUAUAAAGUACAAAGAACAAUUAAUUCCAAACACAUCAAUGCAGAAGUCAAGUUAUUCCUAUCAGUCUGCAUUCAUAAUACAUUAAUUAUUAAAUACCUUAUAUUUGCUAAUACUUGGCAAAAUAUUAAAA